GCGAGCCGGGCCUUCGCGUUCACUUCAUUCCUGCCAUCAUUCCUGCGUUCAUUCCUGCGUUCAUUCCGCUCAUUCCGCGCGUCCCCGUGGGCGCGCCGCUCGUCCGCGCACACAAAGCCGGCUCGCCCACGAACGCCCGCGCGCACUCAUAAACGAGCACAACUUUACCCAGAGUUUACGGAGGUUUUAUGAACGUCCGGCCGCCCGGGAGCGGACUGAGGGACAGGAGGAGGAGAGUAAAUCAGAGGGUCCUCCCAGGUGGACUCCGGCCUCUCGCUUGCAGCGGCUCGCUGGCACCAUGGACCCCAGCAGCUGGAGCGGCAGCGAGAGCCCGGCUGAGGAAGCAGAGGGGCUGAGCGACUCAGCAGACAAGACUGUGGAUGGUGAUGCUGAGGGCGUAUGGAGUCCUGACAUCGAGCAGAGCUUUCAGGAGGCGCUGGCAAUUUACCCUCCCUGUGGACGCAGAAAGAUCAUCCUGUCCGAUGAGGGCAAGAUGUAUGGUCGCAAUGAGCUCAUUGCUCGGUAUAUCAAGCUGCGGACCGGAAAGACGAGGACAAGAAAACAGGUCUCCAGUCACAUUCAGGUUCUUGCCAGAAGGAAAUCCAGAGAAUUUCAAUCCAAGCUGAAGGUGACAAACAUGGAUCAGACAGCAAAAGACAAGGCCCUGCAGAGCAUGGCUUCCAUGUCUUCAGCACAGAUCGUCUCUGCCACUGCUGUCCACAGUAAGCUGGGUCUGCCAGCUGUUCCUCGGCCCGCCUUUGCAGGAGCAGCAGGGUUCUGGCAGGGUGUGGUGUCAACGGGCCAGGCUGGAUCAUCGCAGGACAUCAAGCCUUUCUCCCAGCAAGCUCAUUCCAUCCAGCCUGUGGCAGCAACACCUGUUUCAGGGUAUGAGCCCCCAGUGACCUCGGCAGCUUCAACACCCCCAGCUCCAGCAUGGGAGGGCCGCUCCAUAGGAACCUCCAAACUCAGACUGGUUGAAUUCUCUGCGUUUCUUGAACAACAGCGGGACCAGGACUCGUACAACAAGCACCACUUUGUGCACAUCGGCCAGGCAAGUUACUCGUACGCUGAUCCCCUGCUGGAGUCGGUAGACAUUCGCCAGAUUUACGACAAAUUUCCAGAGAAGAAAGGUGGACUGAAGGAGCUGUUUGAUAAGGGGCCACAGAACUCUUUCUUCCUUGUGAAGUUCUGGGCUGAUCUCAACUACAACAUGCAGGAUGACGCGGGUGCCUUCUACGGUGUCACCAGUGAAUACGAGAGUCCGGAGAACAUGAGCAUCACCUGCUCCACCAAGGUGUGCUCUUUUGGCAAGCAAGUGGUGGAGAAGGUUGAGACGGAGUACUCGCGCUUCGAGAAUGGACGCUUUGUCUACAGAAUAAGCCGCUCACCCAUGUGUGAAUACAUGAUCAACUUCAUCCACAAGCUUAAGCACCUCCCAGAGAAAUACAUGAUGAACAGCGUCCUCGAGAACUUCACCAUCUUGCUGGUGGUCACAAACAGGGAGACACAGGAGACACUGCUGUGCAUGGCCUGUGUGUUUGAAGUGUCCACCAGCGAGCACGGGGCCCAGCACCACAUCUACCGCUUGCUCAAGGAGUGACACACGUCACGUUUCCUCACCGAUGUCCACAAGUGCAGCAGCGGUGCUGGAGGGCCACACAGUUGUUCUGUUGCGAUAGGAAUGUGUGGCUUCUAAAUGUCUGUAGAGCUGCAAAGAGAAGGUAAAACAGUGAAACAGCCCACCGCUGUAUGGGUUUAAUGUGGACAAAUGGACUCAGUGAUUAUCCCUUUUAUGAAUUAAUGUCCAUCAAGAAACAGCCUCUGUCCUAUAGGUCCUGUAAACUGUGUGUAUGUGUGUGCACAUGCAAGUUUGACUGUUUCCAAAGAAAUGUGUAUAAUACUGGUAGUUCUAAACACUAAUGAGAACGCAGAUGGAUGUGGCCCGGAUUGUACUCCACACACACACGCUGGUCUAGGGUUGAGACAGAAAUAUAGCUUCUUUUCACUACAAAGGUAAUAGUAAUACCGUGGUAUGCAGCUGUGUCACAGGAAAACAGUGAUGUAGAGACACCGUAGUGACUUGGUUACCACUGUUUUGUGGUAUGACAACAGCAUAAUGCAUAACCUCUCUUUACAUCUGUAUCCCAUGUGCUUGUUCAAUGUCAGCCUAGAUGAUGUCCACGUGGUUAGUGGUAAAGGAGGCGGAGAGCCGGUCGUGGUGAUCUAGGUGUGAUGGCGUUUCAUUCCUCCUCUAUAUGGUCAGUCAGCAGCUAUUUUUUGUACAAAUGUGUGUGUUCGUGUGUUCUCCGGGCCAGCCUCUGACCUGAAGCCUUAAACCUGGUGGUGUCACCCCCCUACUCACACACUGUGACGGUGUUUACUAAGCUGGAAUAAACCAUAGAGAACUGCCAAAGUGUGACACUACACAGGUGUGUGACACUACACAGGUGCCUUGGGGGGGUUUAGUGUGGAUUCUUUAACUGAACAAGAACACUAACGUUGUGAAUCGGAAUGCCAACACAUCUUUUACACGUCUGGUUUAUCAGACUGUGACACAGGAGAUGGUCAGUUUCUGCUCAUGCAAACUUGUUGAUAAUCAGUGUGAACUUGUUUGAUUGAUGUAAAAACUGACCUGCUCUGCCUUUGCUCUCCCACACGACCAAAAAUGUACAGAUAUCAGUGAAACGAUAUGGUUCUGCUGCACUGUGAGCGUCCAAAGUGCCUCUCUGGUCCCAGGGACUGAGAACUGAACCAGGACAUAACCGCCUUAAAGAGGAGAUGGAUGGAUGUUGGGCCACUAGUUUGCCUUUGAAAUCAGGUUGUUUGAUAACGAGGAGUGUGCUUCUGUGUUUUUUUCCCCCCUGUCAAUUCUAUGGUGAUGUAGCGUCCCCCUGUGGUCAGGAUGAUGUUGACAUUGCCUGUGGGUACUGAUCCACAGCCUACGUGUGUGUGUGUGUGUGUGUGUGUGUGAGCUUAGUGCUCAUUUUGAACACUAAGAACUGAUAUGCCUGUCAACUGUCAAAAGAAAACACUGUGACCAUAAUGGUCAAACGCAGAAGUUCAUCAUAGUUGACAGUGGCACUGCCAUCAUUCUCUAGGCCCAGUGUCUAGAGAACUGUUUGCGGUGCACUCUGGGUACAUGAGAGAUCAGUCACGGACACCAGCAGCCCUGUGUCCCAUUUCAGCUGGGGCCACAUUCUCACCUUGAACUCUGGAUAUUUGUCCAGUUGUAGUGGUCACAACAGGAUGUCCAAAGUAACAUCCACACAGGCAGUCAACAGCCUGAUUAAUUUUUUUUUUUUGUGUAUUCGUACCUUUCAUUAUAACAUUUGUUUACUUUAAAGUGGACUUAAUUCUGAUAGAAUCAUGAACACCUGGGAUUGUGUGCAGAGAACUUUGAAAAGGUGCGUGGUGUUAGAUGUGUUCUGCCUGUAAUAUGAACGUGACUUUUUUUAAUUAUUUUACCCCCCUUCUCCUUAUUGUCCUCAAAGGUAUCAGUGAGAACCCUUGACAAACUGACUUCAUAUUCCUUGUUCCCAGUCUUUGACUUCUGGAUGAAGUAGAUAUUUUGUAGCUUUCUAGGAACUUUGUAUUCAUAUGAUAUCAAAUGGAAAUAAAUCACUUUUACC